CGUUCCGUGUGAAUGCAGAGGAAAAAACAGCGAGUUCCGUGCUCGUAGAGUAGUCGAAUUUGUGAUAUUAAACAUACAUUCAACACGUUAAAAUGUAUUUAAAUAAUCCGUUCUGUUUUCUCAACUAUUAUUUAUUUGGCACUCAAUUUAAAAUGAAUUAUUAGGAUCAGGAUGAGCGUCAUGCUGUUACCAUGGUAACAGAAGCAGCUAGCUUGCUAGCGUCGUAAACGGCUAAUCGUUUGAGCAGCAUUUAUGUGUCAUACUCGAUAACGGAGAUCAUUUAAACAUAUUUAAUGUUUAUUUAUUUUUUUAAAACAUCAGUGAUAGACGCCCUGCAGCGAAACCACGAUGUAGGAUUUAUUCUUAGAGAAUGGGCGAGACAUGCGAGGCGAUCAGUACCUGAGCCUCAGGUGAACGACAGUCUGCGGAUGGAGAUGUGCCGUCAGCGACCAUGAAGAAGAUAUUCAACUUUAAGAAGAAGAAGGGCUCCCCGAGCGCCUCUGAGACCGCGAGCGUACUGUCGGCCAGCUACGAUGUCAAGGAGAAAGACCUCGGGAAGGUCCACAAGGCUGCGUUCAGCGGAGAUGUGGUCAAACUCAGACAGCUGGCCAAAAAGAACGAUUUAAACCAGCUGGAUAAGGAAAACAGAACUGCGCUGCAUAUCGCUUGUGCCUGUGGACACACGGACGUGGUACAGUACUUGGUGGAGAGCAAAGUGAAGCUCAACUUAUGUGACAAUCAGAACCGCUCCGCCUUAAUGAAGGCGGUUCAGUGUGAACAAGAUCGCUCCGUCUCUUUGCUCCUGGAACACGAGGCCGAUCCAAACCUGGUGGACAUCAAUGGAAACACAGCAUUACACCUGUCUGCCCGCAUCCCUUCUUUACCCGUAGCACUACAGCUCCUGGAGCACUCAGCCAACAUCGACGCACAAAAUAAGGAUGGCAACACUCCACUGAUGCUGGCUUUGAUGGAAAACCACGCAGACAUGACGGAGCUUUUACUGAAAGAGGGAGCGGAUGUUAAUGUCAAGAACCAGGAGCAGCGGUCUGCGUUGAUGAUAGCAGCGUGCAAUGGACAAAUCAGCAUGGUGCGUUUGCUCCUUCAGUAUGACGCCGACAUUACAGUAAAAGAUGACAAGGGAUGGUCAUCUGAUGAUUAUGCCGUCAUGAAUGGACACCACGCAUGUUCACAUUUGAUCAUCGAGCAUGGGACGAAGAAAAGAGCCCUCCAGUCACCCUCCCAUUUUACCGCCAACAAAAAGAAACGCACAUCCGCGCUCGGCAGCCCUGGCGGACUCGGGGCUGGUUUGCCUUUAGGAGGGCCCGCUCUGGAUAAAGAUGCAGCAGGAAGCAGCUCCGUAGCAGCAGGGAAAGAUACAGAGGAUAAUUCCCACACAGACUCCAUCAGCAGGGCAUCGAAAAGUGGUGCUGCUGAUUCCUGGCCUUCAUCAGAUGAAGAUGAGGAGUUAGAUUUGAGCCCAAAGAAACAAAAAGUGAACUUAAAGAAGCUCAUAAGCUCCUCGAAAAGGGAAAAGAUAGACGUCAUAGCAGAUCGAGAUGCAGACAAAUCCUGGAGUGGAUCCGAGUCUGAACCGGACAGUGAGGAUAAGGGUGAAAAACGCCCACCACUGUCCAGGCCCUUCCCCUCCAGCAGUACCUACCUCCAACCCCCUGUAGAAACCGCCUCUUUGCCCCACCCACCCCAGAUGAGCUCCACCCCCUUCAGCAGCACCCUUAAGGAAGAGGUCCUAACGGAGGAUGAGGAUGAAGAGGAGGAUGAAGAAGAGGAGGUUGAGAGGGAGGAAAUAUGUAAAAAGGCUAGUGAUCCUCAAGAUCAUGGCUCUAGCAAAGAAAUGAGCAGAGAUUUCCUUUCAGAGUUAGGGCUUGAAAAGGAAGAUGAAAAUGAUGAUUCUCCCUGGGAUUCAGAGUCGGGUUCUGAGAGUCCACAGAAAAAGCAGGCCAAUGCUUCUCACACUCCUUCCAAAUCACAUAAAUCCAUGUCCAGUAUUUGUGAGGAGAACACUGAAGUUGCAAAAAAUGAUGAUGAUGAUGAUGAUGAUGAUGCUGCUGCUGCUGAUGAUGAUGAAGAAAAAGAAAUACCAGCUAAAGUGAUCAAAAGGGAGCCGGUGUCUGUUCUUAGUAAGCUGAUGGAUUCAAAAGAAGCUAAUAAGAAAACAGACCUGAUGGAAGAGCUGGGUUUGGGGGAUGCUGAUGAUCUUGAAGCAAAUCAUCAACGGCCUCCAGAUGCUUCAGACUGGGACUCUGCCAGCACAACCAGUAAGGCCAGUAAAAACCUUCCAGUUCAUAAGCUGGAAGAGGAACCCGUCUUUGAAAGCCUUGAAGCUUCCACUAUAGCACACCAGCAACAGGACAUGGACAGCAGGGAACAUGAGGAAGCCAGUCCUGAAGUAGAUACACCUACAGCAUUGAACACAGCACCUCUUCCUAGUCCACGAUCUCUCAACUCAAAGCCUCGGCCACUGCCACGACUGCGCAACAGUGACUCCAAUCACAAGCCGGAGAGUGAAGAAUCGGACUGGGAUACAGACAACUCCAGUCCAGCCAAGACAACAUUUUCACUGCCAAACGUCGCUGCUGACACGGUUCAUCAAGAGGAUCUCAAAGAUGACCCAAAGAGUGAAAGCAGUUCUGACGCAAGUGAUCAUGAAGAUCAGGCAAAAGAAGCAUUUCAAGCAUCUUCUGUAGACAUAAAUAGCCCAUCUAACCAUGAAACACUGGAGCGUUUCCAAUCAAACCCUCCAACAGAGGAGGAGAGUACGGAUGAGAUGCCCUGGGAGGAACGCUAUGAGAAAAUCUGGGUGGAGAACGAAAAGAAGGAGACCAAAUCUCAAUACAAAAACGUAGCCGCAGAACUGAAGGAGAGAUUCGGAGAACUGGAGCACAAGGAAGAACCUGACCUUUCAGAGCAAGAGGAACCGAAAGAGGUGGAAAUAAAAGCAGAUGAAGAAGAUUCCAGUGAGGAUGAAGGAGAUCCAAUAGUGCGACCCAUCGCCAGAGCCAGAAGUGCCAUGCUUUUGCCCAUCCCGGAGCAGAGAGAGUCAGGAUUGGAGGACUCGCUGUCUGAAAGUGUCCAUCACACGGUUAGCAUUGAGGCUAGCGAUGCUGAGCCACCCAGUGAUCCACACCACUCUCAAAGCAUCCCAGAUGUCUUGAAGAAGUCAGAAAAUAGAGCAGAUGAUGAUGAAAACGAAGCCGAUAGAGAACCAGAACCUGAAAGUAACAUAGAUGAAGAUCCUCAAGACGUUCCUCAACCUUCAUCGCUUGUUGAUAAUGAGCUGGAGAUCCCAGAUAAAGUUGUAGAAGUGCCCUCCUCUGAGUCUGAGGAUGGUGAAGGAGGCCUGUUGAAGUCCAAACUUGAGGGUGUUAAGGAGGUGACUGAUGGCAUGAGGGGAGAACUGCAGCCUGGUGUGUUCUGGGAUAGCGGAGGAUCCAGAGGACGAGCUGCACUUGAGCAAGGAAAAGGGAGGAAAAGUGACACCACCAGCGCCGAGAACCUAAAACCUCCAGAGGAAGGGAUGGCUGACAGCAGGUCUCUGGGAAGAGAGGCUUGUGUUUCACCAAGACAGCUGGGCAGGAGUGCAAGAAGCACUGACAGGGCAGCGCAGCGUGGUGAGGAAGAUGAGAAGCAGGAGGAAAACACAGCUAUAGGUAGCCCAGUGACAAAGCUCCAUGUAGGCAAACCCUCCCAACCUGCAAGCCGCCAUAAUGGAGACCUUGAGUCUGUCUUUGAUGAUAGCACUUUAAGUGAGCUGUCCGAGGACGACAGGAGGUCUCCCUCUUCGAGGCGUAAGAAAGAGCAGAGCACCGGAGAGCUGGAGAUGGCCGAUGAUUUUGAAGAUCUUACUCAGUCCUCGGACACGGCCACAGAAGAGCUGGAGACUCCAGUGUCAGGAUACCGCAACGCUUCUCUGCUCUUCAAACAGCUCGACUCCAGCUAUCUGGACUCUGUGAGCGUGGUGAAACUCCAGAACAUGUUUCAUGAGUACGAGCGCACCAUCCAGAGGGAGAGAGACAGACACAGUCGACUAGCGGAUAAAACCUCUCAGCUGGAGCAGGAGCGCAACGAGCUCAAGAUGCUGCUGGACGAGAUCAGAGGCGGCAAAUCCAGCUUGGAACAUCUCAAGCUGGAGCUGGAAACAGACAUGAACAAUCUCAAGUUCCUUCUGAGACAGGAACAGGAAAAGCAUCAGAGCGCUCUAAUGUUGUAUAAUAAAACACGUGAGCAGCUCCAGAGAAAAGAGGAGCAGCAGAGGGCCGAGGCUGAAGAACGGCACAAAGCUGAGCUGAAAGUGCGCAGCCUGGAGCUGGAGAUCAGAGCUCUGAAGAACAGCAUCAAACAGCUUGAGGAGGACAGAGAUGAGUCUCAGCGUCUCCUGUCCCAUGAGCGCAGCACUCGUGCCCUGCAGGAGGAGCUACUCAACAACCAUUUGCGCAAACAGCAGGACAUUGAAGAGGAGAACCUGCGAAACCUCAACAAGAGCAAUGAGGCCAUGUCCCAGCUAACCGAGGCAUCAGACCGCGAGCGAGAGCUAAUGCUGCAGAACCGCACGCUUCAGGAUGAGCUGAGCGGUGCUCGGGCCGAGCUGGAGCGCUUGCAGUGUCAGAGUCGGCAGGAUGAGUCUCGGCUGGCGGAGGACAGAGACACCCUGCGGGAGAGACUGGAGGAUGCCCGCAGAGACAUGAAGCUAAGCGAGGAGGCCCUGGCCCAGACUGUCUUCCAGUAUAACGGGCAGCUGAGCGCACUGAAGGCCGAAUGCUCCGUCCUCAGUGCUAAAUUGGAGCACGAGAGGCAGACGAGGCAGCAGCUGGAGGCUGAGGCUGAAGCUGGCAGAGCACGACUGCAGGCCGCCAUACAGGAGGCAGAGAGAUGUCAGGCCUCACGGACAGAAGCCGAGCGCUCCCUCCAGCGAGACCGCGAGGAGCACCAGCGCAUGCAGGAAAAGCACAUCUUCGAGUCUGGCACGCAACGCGACACCAUCCAAUCUCUGUCCCAGAAGCUCAGCAAGUCUGAGGCGCGAGCAAACAGCUUCGAAAACGAGUGUCACCGUAAUGCACUAACCCUCGCAGAGAAAGCCGUCCUACUAGAGACUCUAGCCCGAGAAAAAGACCAGGCGCUUUCCAAACUAAAAGAGCUGGAGGCUACAGUGUUAAACGAACGAGAUCAGACGAGUCGCGCCGGCGCUAAACAUGAAGCCAUGCAGGAGAGAUUAGCUCAGGCUCAAAGUGAAGCCGCACUGCUACGACAGCAGUUGGAGGAGGCGCUCAACAAGGGCUCGGCUAAAGACAAGGCCGUCACCGACGUGCAUCAAAACUUCGCCGAAAUGCUCAACCAGUUGCGAGCGGAUGGAGAGGAGAGAGUUCAUCUGGUGGAGGAGAGAAGCCGAGAACUGGCAAAGAGCAACAGCGAGAUCCGAGAGCAGAACUAUAAACUAGAGCAGGAGAAGGCGGACCGAGAGGCUUCACUUCGCCAGCUGCAGCAGGAACUGGCCGACUGUCUAAAGAAACUGUCGAUGUGUGAAGCUUCUCUGGAGGUCAACACGCGCUACCGUAAUGAUCUGGAGGAGGAGAAGACACGGACUCUCAAGGACAUGGACAGAUUGAAGAGCAAGCUGCAGGAGUCUGAGGAAACAUACGUGCAGGCUGAGAGACGCAUUGCUCAGCUGAAGAGCUCUCUGGAUGAUAAAGAGCGAGAGGCCUGCAGUAACGCUCACAAACUGGAGGAGGCGCUCUCUGCAUCUGCAGGCAAAGAGCAGACCAUCAGACAGCUGGAGGAGGCCGUGCAGAGGUUAGAAAUUGAGAACGCCAGACUAGAGGCUACAGCCAAACAGCAGACCAACCGCAUCGAGACACUCCAGAAGGGCGUAACAGAGGGAGCAGCGCUCUCAGGCUCAGCAGCUGGAGACGGGGUCAGGAAUCGUUUGGAGGAUCUGGUCACAAACCUGCAGAGCAGUAAGAUGACGCUAGAAGAGCAGCUCAACCGAGAGGUGCAGAAGCAGAGUAUGCUUUCCCAUAAUGCCCAGGACUCACAGGCGCUGUGGGAGGAGGAGCUAAAGAGUCGCUCUAGACUGGGACUCCGCCUCUCUGAGCUGGAGAAAGAGAAAGGAGAACUGACCAAUCAGAUGGAGCUCGAGAAGAAAAAGGCCAAGAAGCUGUCGGAGCAGAAGAAGUCUGUGGACACUCGUCUGGAGCAGGAGAUGCAGAGAAACACAGACCUCCAGAAAGAAAUGUACAGGUUGAAGACCCUGCUGAAGACCGCUAAGAAGCAGUUGCGUGAUGGGGGCGGUGGAGCUCUGGACUCUCCUCAGGGCAGCUUCAGAGCGGAUGUGAGCCAUCGUCUGGAGGCCGAGAGCUCCGUCAGCAGAAUGAAGAGCAGGGUGGAUGAUCUGCAGGGUCAGCUGGAGCGAGAGGCGUCGCGCUGCUCUCGGCUGGAGGAGGUGAACCAGCAGCUGAAGGAGAAGCUGAAGAGCCGCAGCCGCAGCCAGGAGCAGACGGAGCGCAGGCAGCUGGAGGACGAGCUGUUGUCUCUGCGCCGGCAGCUGGAGGCCGGAGUCAUGGAUCAGAGUCAGGCUGAGCAGUACCGCAGGGACACCGAGGAGAGAGCCCGACAGGAGAUCCGACACAAGCUGGAGGAGGUCAACCUGUUCCUGCAGACUCAGGCGGCAUCCCAGGAGGCUCUGGAGCAGAUGAAAGCAGCCAAUGAGUCUAGUCAGAGAGCUCACCUGGAGCAGCGAAUUAGAGACCUGGAGGCGGAACUAAGUCGAUCACGCAGUGUGCAGCAGGACAGUCAGAUCCAGAGAGACUCCAGCCAAUCAGAGCUACAGCGCUACAAACAGCUGUACGGCGAAGAACUGCGCCUGCGCAAGAGUCUGGCUGCAAAACUGGACAGGUCGAAUGAGCGUCUAGCGGAGGCGAACACUAAACUCCUGAGCGAGCGGCAGCGCAGUAAGUCUCUGCUCAGCGGCAGCUUCAUGAACGCAGGGUUAGCGGCUCCAGCUCUGGAUGUGUCGUCUCUGGGCUCCGUCGGGGCCUACGGUGCGUCUCUGGGGCCCCUGAACCGCAGCCUGGGCCUCGGGACGCCUCUGCUGGGCACGCUGGGAGAAUCACAGAGCAGCCGCGUGGAGGCAUACCUGGCCAAGAUGCAGACCGAGCUGGAGAAGAAUAUAUCGAAGGAGCUGGACUGUGUGUCAGGGGAUCUGAACGGAGGCUCAGCCCGCAUGUCCCCUGUAGGAUCAGCCUCCGGUUCCCAAAACCUGAACGUGACCCUGGAGCAGACGGACCCUGUGAGCAGAGCCACACAGCAGUAUCUGGAGGUGCUCAAGAAAAACUACAUGAUCUGACACACACACACACCACUGCUAAAACACACAUUGAGCACGCAUUCUGUCAUCAUAUUACAAUGUGUUCAUACCUCCACUAUUAUUCCUGCCGCUCAGGAACUUUGCAUUUGUACUUUUCUGACUGUGGAAAAAUAAGGCCAUGUGUUUUUGUGCAUAAGUGCUACAGAAACAGCCAUCACAAGGGCCAAAUCCAACACUGCAAUCAGUUUUUGCGAUCUUGAAUGUCGACAAAGCACUUCUGCAGUGCCUCAGGAGUACAUGAAGGUACAAGUGCUGCUUUAUUCUCGUUUAUCAUAUGUGGCUUUAGUUGACUGUAUAUAUUUGGCCAGUUUUUGUAGGCGAUGCAGAUUAUAAAGAGUGUUAAUCGUGUACCGGUGAUAUUAUUAUCUCCAAGUAUUGACAAUGGUACGUUCUACACAGUUGUGCAAUAUGUUUAUUUUAAUAUCGAAAGACUGAACUCUCGUUUAGAGGUGUUUUAUGAGAAAUAAAUGCUGUACUUGAAUGAGACAAACUAGACGACGCUCAGGAGAAAUCAGUUCAGUGUAUGAGUGAAUCUCAGUAAUUAUUGUACAGGGCAUAAUUCAGAUGCUGCAUAAAUGAUAUUUUGAAUAAUAGUAAUAAAUAUGCUUCAUUUUUU